AUGGAGCAUGCACUUUGGAGCCGCAUCGAUGUCGCGCAGCUGGACCGGGCCCUGCCUCCUUCGCUGCUCCGGCCCUGGCGCUUCGACGAGACAGGCGAGGAAGCUUACGAGGUCGCUUGCAUGGAGCUCGCCGCCUUCCUCGCGUGGCUGAUUGCGCAGGCGCGUGCUCGCCGUGCUACGGAGGUCUUGGCCGACAUGAAGAGCAGGCGCGGCUUGCUGGCAGAGGUGGCGACUUCCUGGAUGCGACUUCCCGACGACGCAAAGAUGGACUGGAUACCUUCGGACCAUCAUGCCUUCCUCGCCGACGUACUCACCUCGAGCCCUCUGCAGAAGGAGAGCUGGGUGCCCGAGCGACGACUGCGCCGCAAAACCUGCCAGCCAGGUCUUGGCGCCGGCGAUGCCCUCCACGGACGGUGUGUCCCGACAGAUCAAUUUACCCAGCCUCAUCACAGCUUCUAA